AUCAUGUCCUCCAAAACAUCCAAUCCAUUGCCCAUACCGGUCCUUCUUCUCAAAACAAAAUCCACUCCCAACGAUGGCUACGACGAGCUUUUCUCCCGCGACCCCCCAGGGGUAUUUACGCCGCGCUUUGUACCUGUGCUUGAGCACCGCUUUCACGCGGAGCAUAUGAAGCUUGUCAAGAAGCUCUUGUCCCCCUCUCCUAGCUCUUCUUCUAGCCCGACGAACUCUUCAUCUUUUCCGACAAAGUCUUCAUUCGAAGGACCAAACCCGCGAUAUGGCGGAAUGAUAUUCACGAGUCAACGCGCAGUCGAGGCGUUUGCGCAAGUCGUUGACGAUGUGCGAUCAGAGAACUCUCUUCCCCCCGACGCGCCAUUACUUAGUCCCAAGAUACCCUUAUACACCGUCGGCCCAGCUACCGCUCGGGCACUGACAUCGAUAAACGUCUGCAGCGCCAGCGACGAGUCUCGGCCUUCAAACCCCCGGGACAGCGCAGAAACCAACACAGAACAAGAGACAUACGGUCCUAACAUCCAUGGAUACGAAAGCGGCAACGGCGCCGCUCUGGCAGAUUACAUCCUCCCGCACUACAACAAUCUAUAUCGACACUGUGCACCCUCAUCGGUGCCUCCGCUGCUGUUCCUCGUCGGCGAGCAGCGCAGGGCGAUUAUACCGGAUACGUUGAAAUCCGGCAUUCCCAAUUCCCCUGGUGCAAAGUGUGCCGCGAAGUCGGCAGACGGUACAGACAGAACAGACAGGACAGGCGGGACAGACGCGGGGUCGUCUAAGCUUGAUGAAAAUGCAGGGAUCAAUGAAUCGUCUACCCAGCAAGCAUAUAAACCUAUUCAAGUCGACGAGCUAGUCGUCUACGAAACGGGCGUCAUGGAGCCUUUUGAACAGGAUUUUCGAGCCGUAUUAGAUGCCACCUCUUCUUCAUCCUCUUCUUCUUCUUGUCCCUCUUCCACCUCCCCUCCUUCUUCUUGGAAGCCUUCAUCUACAAACGACAACGCAAAUACCUCGAUCUCCUCCACGUCACCCACGCAAUCCUCAACCCAGCAAGCACAAGCAGAACCUGCAACGAGAUGGGUCGUCGUCUUCUCCCCCACAGGAUGCGACACCAUGCUGCGCUGUCUCGGCUGGCUCGAUCCGGCCACGGGAAAAGCAAAUUCGGAAUUACAGACGCCAGAGCAGAGACGGCAUUUGUCUUCGUUCUCGUCUCCUCUUUCAUCUUCGGCUUCGGCUGCAUUAUCGACGAGGACAAGUGCGAAGGAAGGAACGAGAGCGAGAUCAGUACAGACAUACAUCGCCACGAUAGGACCCACGACGCGCGAUUACCUGCGCGACACGUUUGGCUUUGACCCAGAUGUUUCUGCGGCGAAGCCGAGUCCCGAGGGACUUAUGGCGGGCAUUGAGGGGUAUAUGCGUUGCCCAUGA